GGAAGCGGGCUGGCCAGCGCUCGGUUCAGUCUCGUCUCCGCCGCCCAAUGAUGCACAACCCAAGCGGAUCAAACUGGCUUCUGGCCGCCCUGCUGCUGGCGCUCCUGCUGCCGGAGGCACUGCUGCCCACCGCCGAUGCGGUCAGCGAACCCGUGUGCUCCUAUCGCAACUCGGAGGACGAGACCAUCUUCCUCAAGUACCUGCCGCUGCUGAGACGGGGCCAGGACUACGUGGACUUCGGCAAGGAUGGCAAGUGCCUCAAGCGGGCCAUCUGCACGGAUACCUUCAAGACCAUCGUGGAGGACUGUGGUCAGCAGAAGAUCACUUGUGCCAACAAGGACCGCUUCACCGGAGUUUUCCCGGGCUGCUGCCUCAAGUGUCCCUAAAGCCGAGGAGUUGCAAAUAGGAAAGAGCAUUCAAGUGUUGAAAUGUAAACAGCAAACGAUUAGUGAUCCAAAAGCAAUCUAUUAGACACUUCUGUAUGGAAUAUAUGCUAACAUUCAAAUACAGGGUAUACAAUAAC